AUGUGGACAACCAAGUGUCCAUCGCAGAGGGGCCCAGAGCUCAAUAAUUAUUUUACGUCUUCUUCGGCCACAUGCUUGUCCGCCGCGAAGCAGUAUUUGCAGAUGGCAGCUAUUGGCAAUCUUGAAAAGCAGCUUUUCAGACCUUGGCUGGACGAAACGCAGUCAAAAUCAGGCCGAUCAUUGAAUAUACGAACGGGCAAUUUGCAAAUGGGCAGAUUCGAAUGCCGCUCUUUUAGCCCGGAUCGCUCGAAAGAAGACAUGGUGGAAAUGUUGGCCACUAAAAUAGGCAAAACGUCGGUUGGGCAUCAGUGCAUCUACUGUGGGAAACUGUACUCCCGAAAAUACGGCCUGAAGAUCCACUUGCGUACACAUACCGGCUUUAAGCCGCUAUCAUGUAGCUUCUGCCAUCGAGCUUUCGGAGAUCCGAGCAACCUGAACAAGCACAAGCGACUGCAUGCCGAAGGGAACGUCGAACGUAAGGGCGCAUUCAAAUGUUGCCACUGUGGCAAGUGCCUCUGUCGAAAGCGAGACCUCGAUCGACACGUACUGUCCCGCCAUACGCUGGACCCGUUGAAGCCGACGAAAACUGGAUAG